GCCCGGAAAGGGACACAAACCGGAAGGAAGCGGAGGGAGGCAGAGAGCACCAGAGCGAAGAGGGGCCUGCCUCGUCGCGACGCGCCUCGACCGCGCUGCCAUCUCCUCCUCUUCCCUUUUCUCCUCAGCAGAAGCGACGCGGCCUCCGGCCAGAGGGAGCAGAAACUGCAUACUGAAGAAGUGGGUGUUCAUGAUAACAUGUCCAAUGUUUCUGUGGAUAGAAGCACCAGACUGCAGGAGAUUAAGAAAGGGUUGCAGUUUAUACAGUCUACUCUACCCUACCCGGGGACUCAAGAGCAAUAUGAGAUAUUCAUCUGGGAGCUUGUUAAAAAUCUGUUUAAUGAGGGGAAUGAUGCGUACCGAGAAAGUGAUUGGGAAGGAUCGCUGAACCACUAUUCGGAAGCUUUAAACAUAGCUGAUUAUGCCAGUUCUGAAGGAAUCCACAUUUCUGAUGAAAUACUAGAGAAACUGCACGUUAAUCGGAUAGCUUGUUAUUCAAAGAAGGGAUUGCAUGAUAGAGUUCUAGAAGAUUGUGGGAUAGUUUUAAACCUGAAUGAAAACAAUUUUAGAGCUCUCUACCGGAAGUCCAAAGCCUUAAAAGAACUGGGAAGAUACAAGGAGGCGUACGACGCUGUCGCUAAAUGUUCCCUCGCAGUGCCGCAAGAUGAAAGUGUGAUAAAAUUAACUCAAGAACUUGCACAGAAACUUGGAUUAAAAAUAAGGAAAGCCUACGUCAGGGCAAAACCUCCCCCAAACUCUGUUUCUGCAGAAGUAUCAAGUAAGAGUUCAAAUACUUCUAUAGAAGAUAUUGAAUCAGAUUUUCCCAGUUGGAAGGAAAAGGUUCUUUCUCCCUCCUCCGCCCCUCCCAGUUUUGCUCCUGAGCUGACCAGUGACCUGCCUCCAUUACCAAUGGCAUCUCUGAUCACUCUUCCAAUGGAGAAGAGUUCUCUCUCUGCUGCUUCCCUGGCCAAUGGAGGGUCUUUCGCUAGUAUACCCGAUGGCUGUUUAGACUGUGGGGAUGGAGAUGAUAUUCUUGGAGAUGAACUAGAUGAAUUACUGGAUUCAGCAGUUUCUGAUCCUGGUGGAAGUGUAAUGCCAAGUACAAUUGUCCGAGGAACCAUCCCAACCGCUACCAUCGCGCCCAGCUUACCUUUUUCUGCCCCUUUGCUUGGGACGUUGUCGGUCGGGGCUGGAUUUGUUCCUGCAGCCUCUUUUUCUGAAAUGUAUUCCCAGCCCUUGGUUUCUGCCCUGGACAACUUUUGUUCCUCUUUAAGUACUUUCUCAAUCAGUGAUUCUAAAAGAGAUAUAUCCAGUUCUAUUUCUAGAGAUGUCACCUCAGCAUUAAACAGUAAUUCUCCUCUUCGACUAAUGAAUGGGCCUGCGAGUUUGUUUGGGUCCGAGAACUACAUUGGCAUUUCCAGCCCAGCUCGAAAUGACUAUUCUGGCACGUUUGGCAGUGGGCCUGCUAAUCUGCCUGUGUCAACGGCAUCUUUUGUAGUUGCCAGAAACCCUCUGGAAGGCACCCAUGAGCUAAGGCAGGCCUGCCAGUCGUGCUUUAUCAAAAAGGAUCCAAAAUUACUGGAUUAUACUUACCAUCCCAAUCUAGAGCAUAUGUGUAAGAAGGAUACCCUAAUAGGUAGAAUAAAGAACUCUGAAGAUAAAUCAUGGAAAAAAAUAAGGCCGAGGCCAACAAAAACGCAGUAUGUGGGGCCAUAUUAUAUAUGUAAAGAUGUUGCUGCUGGAGAGGAGUGUCGAUAUUCUGGCCACUGUACCUUUGCCUAUUGCCAAGAGGAGAUCGAUGUGUGGACUUUGGAGCGGAAAGGGGCAUUCAGUCGCGAAGCGCUCUUUGAAGGCAACGGAGAGAUCAGCUUGACGGUGUCCCGACUGCUUCAAGAGCAUCACGGACUGUUCAUGUUUCUUUGUGAGAAAUGUUUUGAGCAUAAACCCAGAAUAAUAAGCAAAAGGAAUAAGGAUAACUCAUCUUCCUGUUCUCACCCUGCUAUGCAUGAUUUUGAAGAUAACAAGUGCCUUGUCCACAUUUUGCGAGAAACGACAGUGAAGUAUUCCAAGAUUCGACCUUUUCAUCCUCAGUGUCAGCUGGAUCUGUGCCGGCAUGAAGUUCGCUACGGCUGUUCACGGGAUGAUGAGUGUUUCUAUGCUCACAGUCUUGUAGAGCUCCAAGUAUGGAUGAUGCAGAAUAAGACCGGUAUUUCUCAUGAGGCUAUUGUUCAAGAAUCAAAAAAAUAUUGGCAGAAUAUGGAGUCUAAUGCACAUGGAGCACAGAUUCUUAGCAACCAAGUAAAACAUGGAUUUCUGAAUAUGAAAAUGAAGUUUGUCUGUGCUCAGUGCUGGAGACAUGGCCAAGUGAGCGAGCCGGACAGAAACAAGAAGUACUGCAGUGCAAAAGCCAGGCACCCGUGGACCAAGGAUCGCCGGGUGAUGCUGGUAAUGUCAAAUGAGCGCAAGAAGUGGAAUACAAUUCGCCCACUUCCGGCAAAGAAGCAAGUGCCUUUGCAAUUUGAUUUGUGCAAUCAUAUUGCAUCGGGCAAGAAAUGUCAGUAUGUCGGGAACUGCUCCUUUGCUCACAGUCAUGAAGAACGAGAAAUGUGGACUUACAUGAAGGAGAACAGCAUUCAAGACAUGGAGCAGUUGUAUGAAAUGUGGCUGAAGAGCCAAAAGCCCGAAAAGGGGGAGGAGCCGGCUGCUCAAGCCAACAAAGAAAACGGGAAGCAAAUUCACAUGCCAACAGAUUAUGCUGAAGUUACAGUGGACUUCCAUUGCUGGAUGUGUGGGAAGAACUGCAACAGCGAGAAGCAAUGGCAAGGCCACAUCUCCUCAGAAAAGCAUAAAGAGAAAGUAUUCCAUACAGAGGAUGACCAAAACCGCUGGCAGCAUCGUUUCCCAACGGGCUGUUUCAGCCUUUGUGAUAGAUAUAUGGCUGGUACUUGUGUUGAGGGAAACAACUGUAAAUUUGCACAUGGACCUGCUGAGCUCCGUGAAUGGGAGGAACGGAGACACGUUCUAAGAAUGAAGUUCAGCAAAGCCAGGAAAGAUCACUUGAUUGCUCCAAAUGAUAAUGACUUUGGAAAAUAUAGUUUUUUGUUUAAAGAUUUAAACUAACGCUAUAACAAUGCAUUUGUGUUGCCAGAUGGAAGCAUAAAAUCAGAAUUUGACAAUAAUCAAAAGCAUGUGACAGAAGCUGCAGAUUUUCUGCUUUUAUUGGCCUGUAUUGUUCCUCCUGAAGAACCAAAUGUAGUAGAUGUGUAGGGGGGAGGGGAGUUGGCAGGUCUGUCUGUGCUCUCAUGAAACAGAAUGGUGGAGUAGUAAUAAAAACUCAAGCCUGAAGUCUUAACGUGCUUAUUCACCUUCUGUUGGACAGAAGAACGUUGGAAAAUAACCGGAGGGUGGGGGUGGGGGCUUGUGAUGCCUAGGAAGCCCCUAACGUCGGUCCUUCAGCUGAAAACUUUUAAAGGUAAGCUUCUUCAAACAGAGGUCUCGGGCUCGGAAGAAAAUGAUGGAUGAAAUUCUUCAGAUGUUUUAAUGGAGAGGAUUUGUUUAAAACAAGUUUGCUAUUUAUCUCUAUGUAGGUUGCUUAAUAAAAGGAUUUUCUUAUUAAAAAGAUUUUAAGCAAAAUAACCAUUUAACCACAAUAUAUGUUGAAUGGGGUAUUUUUCUCUAUUUGUAUGUUUCAAUAUAACUUACUGAAAAGGAUCUUGAAAGAGAGACAUGUAUUACUUUUUUUUGAAAAUCAAGUAGUUAAAAAUUCUGUUUCUUGGUCUUUGCUGUUUAAAUGACGAUUUGAAAGAUUCCACUUGUAUGUCAGUAUUGUGUAUUGUAUGGACCAAUAUUGCCUGUAAUAAAGAUAACUUUACAUAAA